AGGAUUUACAGAGCGAUCAGAGAAUGCAAUAUAUAACUUCUUUGCCUGUCAGCUGCCUGUGUCUUCUCUAGACAGUAGCACUUUACGACCCUCUGUGUUCUCAUCUGUCUGUAAGGGAACAAAGACAAGCAGCCAACAUGACUGAUAAAAAAAAAAUGUCCAUGAGUCGGAAACACAGCCUGAAGAGCUCAAUGCUUCAGGUUGCAAAAGACUUGUUAGAAGCUGAAGCUGUAGAGAAAGUGCAAGAGAGGAAGAAGUACAUGGAAGAGCAUUGUCCUCCUCUUUGUUUACCCAGCAGCAAAGAGGACUUAAAGGAACUGUGCAGUAAACUACAUGAAAAUAUUAUUUUAAUUGAUGAAGAACGGUACAACCUGGAACGCAAAGCUAAAAUGGUUGUGGAUGAAGUUAUAGAUUUGAACAUAAAGGUUGUAGACCUCAAGGGCAAGUUCAAGAAACCUCCUCUGAAGAAAGUGCGGAUGUCAGCCGAUGCCAUGCUUCAGGCUCUGCUCGGCUCCAAACACAAGGUGAACCUGGACCUGAGGGCCAACCUGAAACAAGUGAAGAAGGAAGUCAAGGAGGAGGAUAAGGAACUGCGUGAUGUUGGUGACUGGCGUAAGAGCGUUGAGGAUAAGGCUGGCAUGGGUGGAAGGAAAAAGAUGUUUGAGACUGAGUCGUCAAACAACUGACCAAACAUUUGUGUCUCAGUGACAUAACUAGAGACCAGCUCAAACUUGUAUUACUUGUAGUAAUGACACUACAGACUCCAUAAUAUAUACACUGCUCACAGGUUACCUAUCUCAUGAGUGAUUUUUAAGCAAGUGUCUCUUUCCAUCUUUAACCUGUUUUGUGCUUUCACAACAAUAUCAUUGUAAAUGCUUGUGAACACGUUUACCAAAUAAAUUUCAAAAGUUGA